UGUUACCUCUUCUUCUUCCUCUUCUUCUAUUUAAAUAAAUGUGCCUCUUCCCCUUCUUAUUUACAGAGAAAUAACACAAAUAUAUAUUUCUAAAGAGGGAUUUAGAGAGGUUUUAAAGAAGGCAAAAAGGAAUAGCCUUUCAUUUUCUCUGUCAUUAAUUUUAGGAGCUUUUGACUACAUGGGUGAGGAGAACAAAGGGGAGGAGAAAAAGGAGGAGAAAAAAGAAGAAGAGAAGAAGGUAGAAGAAAAGAAAGAAGAAGAAAAGAAAGAAGAUGAGGCUCCUCAAGAGAUUGUGCUCAAAGUUGAUAUGCAUUGUGAAGCUUGUGCCAGAAAAGUUGCCAGAUCCCUCAAAGGUUUCCAAGGAGUGGAGGAAGUAACGGCGGAUUGUAAGGCGAGUAAAGUGGUGGUGAAAGGCAAGAAUGCAGAUCCUCUCAAAGUGUUCGAAAGAGUUAAAAAGAAAAGUGGUCGAAAAGUGGAACUUAUUUCACCUUUGCCUAAGCCAACAGAAGAUAAAAAAGAUGAAAAGAAAGAGGAGCCGCCCAAAGAAGAGAAGAAAGAAGAGCCUCCGCCGGUCAUAACGGUUAAGUUGAGCGUUCAGAUGCAUUGUGAUGCAUGUGCUCAGGCAUUGCAGAAACGAAUUCGGAAAAUUCAAGGAGUUGAAUCUGUUACGACCGACCUAGGAAACAAUCAAGUUAUAGUAAAAGGCGUCGUUGAUCCAGAAAAGUUAGUGAGCGACGUGUACAAGAGAACCGGGAAGCAAGCUAUAGUAGUGAAGGAGGAAGAGAAGAAGGAAGAAGAGAAGAAAGAGGAAGAGAAAAAGGAGAAAGAAGAAGAAGAAAAGAAAGGAAAUGAACAAGAAGAAAGCAAAGGAGAAGAUGAUAAAACAACAACAGACAUCAAGAAAAAUGAAUAUUUGCAUCCAAAGGAUUAUAUCUAUAUGGAGUAUGCUAAUUAUCCUCCUCAGAUUUUCAGUGAUGAAAAUCCUCAUGCUUGUUCUGUCAUGUAACCUUUUCGGUUACUCUUCAUCAGUGGCGAAGUCAGAAAUUCUGACAACGAGAUCCAAAAAAAUCGAAAAAUGCUACACAUAAGAUUUGAACC